AUGAUGGCUGUAAGAAUGUGCUUUCUGUACAUUGAAUUUCAGCAACAAUGGAAAGAUUCUGGCGAAGAAAAACGGAACAAGACGGAAUUUGAUAUGAUCUCGAAGUGCAUUGAUCAUUUGAAAAGAGAAUUCAAAGGAAAGUCUCUUGCCAGGUACCGAAAUCUAGAUACUCGUGAUAACGAACCCGGUGGAAGCGGCGGUGGCGGAGGUGGCGGCGGUGACGGCAGUGGAGGAAAGGGGGAUAAAGACAAAGAUAAAGGAAGCUCCUCUGGAGGUGGAGGUGGUGAUGGAGACGGCAGCGGAGGUGACGGUGGAAGUGGAGGUAAAGGUAAAGGCGGAAAAUCAGAUGAUGGCGGCAGUGGCGGAGAAGAUGAAGGCGACGGAAGUGGUGGUAAAGGAGGAAGCGGAGGAAAAGGAGGAGGUGACGGAUCAGGAGGCGAUGGCGGCGACAGCGGCGAUGGUGAAGGUGGUGGAAAAGGAGGCAAAGGUGGAGAUGGAAAAGAUGGUGGCGACGGCGGAGAUGAUGGAAAAGGAGGUAGUGGUAAAGGCGGAAGCGGAACUGGUAGCGGCAGUGGCGGAGCCGGUAAAGGUGGAGACGGAGAAGGUGAUGGUGGAAGUGGUGGAGAUGGUGACGGAAGUGGUGGCAAAAAAGGAGAUGGCGGCGGAAAAGGAGAUGAAAACGGAGAAGGAGGAGAAGGAAAAGGAGAUGGCAGCGGAAAAGGAGAUGGAAAUGGAGAAGGAGGAGAUGGUAAAGGAGAUGGCAGCGGAGGUGGAGGUGCAGGAGGAAAAGGCGAUGGAAGUGGAGACGGCGCUGGUGGAGAUGGCUCCGGUAAGUUUUUUGUACAUCGCUUUUAUUCUCCACCUUAUCUUCUUUGAAG